GUGUACCGCUAGAGGAAGUGUUAUUUUCAAAAAGCCCUUCCAGAUGCCUGUUGUUCAUAUGUCCUCAUGUGUUACUUUUUCGUAUCUAAUUGUGCUAACUUGCCGAAGAAACUCACCCAUAACAAUCGGAAACCGUUCAAAAUUCUUCCAUGGCAGAACACUGGUCAGUCGGACCCACAGUUCAUUUUGGUUCACAUUCGCUUCUUCCCUCCACUGACCUUCAAAUAUUGUGGGACCUACUUCAGUGUAGGGACUGCUGGUUCAGACGCAUUUAUCACCAACUUGCUGCCAACGAACUUCGGUCAAAUUCAGUUGUGGCACUAAGCCCUCGGAAAAGUUCAAUCCCUUCUGUUCCCUUCCAUAGCCUUACGAGAGCGAUCCAAGCAGUCUUACGUGGCCUCAAUCUAAAUCGUAAAUGCCCAUCAAAACUAGACACGAAAGCGACCAACUUAGCAUCAUUUCUGCAUUUGCAUAUAAAGACUAGUUAUCAUCAUAUAACUGUAGUCAGUACCAAAUUCUGUAUCAAAAGACAGUAUUGGGUCUGCCCUUCUCAUGGACGUCGUCUGUUCGAUUUGCUAUACUGUAGUGGCAACUUUAGUAUUCCGGAGCGGAAAGAUGGGUUAGACUUCGAUUUAACUAUUCGUUCAAUAAUCCCUCAGGGUCAAUCUGAUUUCUUUCGAUCUGUUCAGCUUUCAAGCUCCUCAGAUGAAAGUGAUGAACCGGAACAGACUUUUUCUGUUCAGAUCCACACUCCAGAGCUGUAUAUAGUAAAGCCAAAUCCAGAAGGUUCUCACAAUCAUUUGUCUACGAAGGCAUGUUCCACCGAACCCAAAAAAUUCAUAAGCAAACAACUUUAUGAAGUCAACAGGAAAUGGUCGUUCAAAUACAGUGUAAAUGACUUAAACCAUAAACAUCUGUACAGUGAAAACGACGCUCGACAUACCUGUGAUUCUCACAAUGAAAGAAAACUAGAUGGUCCAAAACAUGUGCAUUUUCCUAGGGGGAACCCUAUCUCUGCUGUAUACAAUCUUUAUACAUAUGCUACAGCAAGCAGGUUGGAAAGGUCUAAUCGUAUUUGGGAAAUAGAAGCAAGGUCUCGCUACUUCGAUCGUUUGAAGUAUUUAAUAUCAAAUGGUUUCGAGGCUGACCUAGCAUCCCAGUUGGCAGGAGAUGAUGAAUCUACGGAAAUUCACUCUAGUGUUAAUAAAGCUCUUGACAAUAAAGCAUGCAAACAAGACAAUCUCAAACCGACGAAUAUAAUAUCUAAGCGUUCAAAACCUCGACAUCGCAAACGUAAUCGAAAACGUGGAUCCAACCCAGUAUCCCUGUUAUCUUCACAUUCACAUAAUGCAACCGACCCUAGUAUUUCACGAAAUAAAAUUGAUGAUAACUAUCAGAAAUGUGUAUCCCUUGCACAAUAAUUAUCAGGUUAAGCAGAUGUCCUUUGAGCUUUUGUCUCAAUUUAUUGUACAGUUUUCAUUAAAAUCUGUGAUAUCUGUCAGUGAUUUGAUUGCACGUUAUUUUUUAUACAGAAUCUCAUUAAUUCGAUAUAAACUACUGUUCUCACUUGUCAUUGUUUUCAGAUUUUUAUCUAGUGUUAGCUUUCUUAGACUAAUCUAUGUUAAUAUUCCAAAAGUACAGCUUUUAAGAAUCGUUAUUUCGUGUCAUUAACGUAGACAUGUUUUUGCUCGCGAAAAAGUGUAAUUCAGAUAUAAUCAGUUCUUAGCGGUAUAUUGAAGUAAGGUAUUAAGUAAUUCUUUGACUCUACCUGUGUCUUGAUAUGUCAUUAAGUCAGUGACGUUUUGCAAUAAAUGAGACAAACUUUAUGAAAUUAAACUAAAUUGUUUUCCACUCAUCUAGGAUGCCAAAAAUGAAAAAGAUUUUAUCAUACUCCAAUUCAGUGUCAAAGAACGAAUUAGGGUUUUACUGCAUAAUUGAAUAGCUAAUAGGUAAAUAUUUAACUUAUGACAAUAUUAAUUAUAGAGGUUCCACACUAAUGCACAGCAUAACAUUUAGCUCAUAAUGCGUUGUAUGCCUGUGUUUGUUUCUGCUGUAAAUAUGACAUCUAAGAUCCUGCGAGCUCAAAUAAAUUCGAUGGGUCGAGACCAAUAAUCUUAGAUUAAACCCAUGAACGGUACUGUUACGUGAAUACUGCAAGUCCACUGUUUGUGGCGUUUCUCUGCUCAGCUGUACACUAUUUUCUGUAGAUGGAAAUCUGUUUGAAGUUGGAUGAACGAACUGUGACCUUAAAGACUACUAAAUUUGUGUCUGCCACUUCAUUUCCACUUGAAUUUGUCUAUAUCUUAAACAUCCAGCGUGCUGAUUGUGUAUCUCAAAAGGACUUAUUUUCUUUUCGGAGAAAAAUACUUAAUAUAACACUGAAAAUUUGAGUACUUUGCAUCGUUUGAUGUAUAUAUGACUACCUACAUACAUAAAGUCACCUGGUAGCUGAGUGUAUGGAAUUGUCAAUCUUCUACAAACAAGUAACUAAAGAUGUGAUAAAUAUUUACUGUGAUUACAAAGCAUUCUAGUAGUUUUGGUUUUACGCACUCAGAAAUCGUAACACAGAGGUGUUUUCUCGGAAAAAUAUUUAAGUUUUUGUUUUUAUGUAAUAAAGAUCAUUUAACCCUACAUAUUUUAAUUUUUGGUGUGGGAGUAAGUUGGGAAAAUUACCGACAUUCAAAUCAAAAUGUGAGUCAUCGAGUUAAUUUGUCCCAUCCAACUAAAUUGUUUGCCUUCACUUUGUCUUUCACUAUCAGCAAUAUUAUUGUUAUCGUUUCAACCUCUCUGAUUCUCAUCAUGGUAAUUUCCUUUUUUUGUGUUGAUGUAAUGUGGAUACUUGAACUGAUGUACAUUCGAUCCAGAUGCGAUAUUGUCUCGGAGUGAUUAAGUAAGAUACAACAUAGUUGGGCAAAGGUGGAAAAUGUCUGGUAGUGUGUUGCCCAGAAUAUGUACUUUCUAUGAAAUCUAACUAGAAAUUCCUAGCUACCUUUUUAAAGGAUGACAUAACUGGAACUAAAUCGGAAUCUUAUUUCCUAUACAAAAGAUAGUUAUGAUCUCCAUCCUAUUUUUGCAUGUCAUUGACCUCAAGAAUCGUUUAAAAAGUGACCUGUGGAAUAUAGUGAAC